AUGUUAAUAUUGGGUCACUUUCAUCAAGAUACAAGCCUACCGAGUUUCAGAAGUUUAUCCUGGUUUGGACAAAAAAAAUUUAAAUCGAAAGAUGAUAUUCCGAAAUACGUAACUUCAGAAGUUAUUGAUAGAGCACGCAGCCAAGCGAGAAUUAAAUUAUCCAAUAUACUCAUGGCACUCACUGUUCUUGGCAGCGCCUAUGCAAUAUGGUCAGGUAAGAAUGCUGCUAAGAGAGGUGAAUCUGUCCAACAAAUGAAUUUAGAUUGGCACAAACAAUAUCAAGAAGAGUUUAAGAAGAAAGAAACAGCAAAUCAAAAGUGA